GCCGAUAUUGGGGUGAAUUCUCGGUGUCUAGUGUCCUUUCUGAUCCUGUUCGUACAGCAUCUGGCAAAGAAGUGAACUCCGGAUCGGCUUUGUUGUGGUACAGCAAGGUCAGCCCGUAAGCACACAUUACAGGUGGUGCCGUCACUUGAUAAACGGCAAUUAACCAUUUUAUUAAGAUCGCGAUUUUCUAUUGUACCGUAGAUUAAAAAAAAAACGAGAAAGCCCUUAUGCUGAAAUAUGUUUAGGAUGGUGAUUUAGUUUCUGUAUUUAGGUACGAUUCUUAGGCAUCUCUAGCUUUACGCAGAUGACGAUAAUUAUGCAUGUGGAAUGCGGAUUUAAUUUUAGCGUUGCAUUUAGGUUAGUUGUUUGGUUCCCCUGUCCUGCGAAGCAGGGUUUGGUGACACUGGCUGCGGCGAUCAGACGGCGUUUCCUUCGGCUGGCCUGGCCUGGCCUGGCUCGGCCGAGCUCGGUCCUCCCUCCAGCAGAGGGAGGGAUUGAAGCAGCUCGCCGUGCCUGGCGCACAAAGCCCGUCCGGGCACUGUUUCUCAGACAUAACAGGGGAGGGAAAAAAAAAAGAGAGAGAGAGAAAGUAAGAGAGAAGGGUCAAAGAUUGCUUCCUGUUUGUGCUUCUGGCGCUCGCUGGCUGCUUCUUCUUUUGACUAUUUAUCGCACCGGGGGCUGCUCCUCGCCGUCCUGGUCGCGGGGGAGGGCAGAGCCGGCGAGCCAGCUUGUUCGGGUUGUUGUAUUUGCUUUUCACCUCCGGUAGCCGCUGGGCGAGCUGCCAGGGGAGAGCGACACACACACACACACCCGCCCGCCCCUGGCGCACGGCCUGGCCGCUCUCCCCCACCUCCCUCUCCGCCUGCCUGCUGCUCCAACAAGGCCGCCUGCGAUUGGCGCUGACUCUCUCUCUCCUGCCCCUUGCAGCCAAUCGCGCCGGGAGAAGAGCUGCUAGUGUGGUACAAUGGGGAAGACAACCCCGAGAUAGCAGCUGCAAUAGAGGAAGAACGGGCCAGCAGUUUGAGCAGGAAAAAUUCGCCCAGGGCCAAGAGAGCCAGGAAGAAGCUUCUGGAGAGAGCGAAGCAGGGCGGCGCAGAGGGCUUCAAAGGGCAGCAGAGAUCGUGUGACCCCGAGCACGCUGUCACUGAGAUGCGGGAGUCCGAGGACGGUCCUAAGGAGGAGGAUGAAAAGCCAUCCCUCGCUUCAGUGCAGCCGUCUCAGCAGACAGCCAGCCCGGAGGAGCCUGCUGACGUCGAGCAGGUCCCCAUGAAGGAGGAGACCCUGCUGGCCUGUGUCCCUGAGGUGCUGGUGGAGGAAGAAGUAGAGGAUGAAGGAGAAGAGGAGGAGGAGGAGGAGGAGGAAGAAGAACUAGGGAAAGCACCAGGAGAUGCGCUGCCGGAGGACGGGGGCCAGGCCUCGCCGAGAUCGGAGGCAGCGGAAGCCGAGGAACCUCCAGAAGCAGAGGCGAGCCCCCAAGAGUGCGAGGAGGAGGAGCGGGCAGAGAAACUCCCGCCGGAAUCGCCGUCUGGAUCCCCAGUUUCUAAGCUCGACCCCGACCCCGACGGCGACCCCCAGGAGUCCUUCCUGUUCCCCUGCCUGCACUGCGAGCGGCGGUUCACCACCAAGCAGGGCCUGGAACGCCACAUGCACAUCCACAUCUCGGCCAACUGCCAGACCCACACCUUCAAGUGCCGCUACUGCGGCAAGGCCUUCGGCUCGCAGAUCAACCGGAGGAGGCACGAGCGGAGGCACGAAGCCAGGCCCAAGAAGAAGCUGGGCUCGGUCUCUGGCACCGCGUCGUCUUUCAGUCCCUCUUUGCCCACGGAGAGCUCCAGCCCGGACCUCGUCUCUUCCUCUGGCAACUUCAUCAUCAUCGGGGCCCAGAACGGCGGCGAUCUCCAGGAGCCCCCGGAGGCCGGGAAGCAGAGCCCGGCGAUGGAGGCGGAGCGCAGCGUGGUGCUGGACGAGAACGGGGAGCCUAAGGAGCAGCACCCGUGCAAGUACUGCAAGAAGGUGUUCGGCACCCACACCAACAUGCGGCGCCACCAGCGCAGGAUUCACGAGCGUCACCUUCUGCCCAAGGGCGUCCGCAGGAAAGGCAUGCUUCCACAGGAGGCCCCACCCCAGCAGCCGGCGGCGCCGCCUGAAGAGUCCCCCAAUGCCAGCCCUCCGCCAGUCUACACGCCAAGCGGCGACCCGGAGGACGAGGGAGACCCGGAGGAGGAGUACAUGGUGGAUAUCUCCAGCAAUAUCUCGGAGAACCUGAGCCUCUACAUUGACGGGAAGAUCUUGUCCACCAGUGCGGUCAGCACCUGCGAAGUCAUUGAGGUGGAGCCCGGCUCAGCCACGCUGUUCGGCCUUGAUGCCCUGAUAAUCAGCCCUGACAAGGUCACCACUGCCCUUAGAGUAGAGACCGCAAGCUGUGCAGUGAAGGAGGUUCCCAAUGGUGGCCAGACGACAAAGAGAAGGACUGCCACCCCACCUCUUCUCCCCAAGAUCAAAACAGAAGUGGAAUCAGAACUCAUCACGCCUUCUUCUUCGGCCUCUUCUUCCUCUGCCUCAUCCACUUCCUCUGUGGUGGGAGGGUUGUACCCUCAGGCCACAGAAACCUUGGCUUUCCCAAAGGAGAAAACGGUUUACCUUUCCCCCAAGCUGAAGCAGCUCCUGCAGACCCAGGACAGCCACAAGCCAGGCUUGACUCUGUUCACGGAGGCACACAGGCUGGGCCCCCCUUUGACUUCGGUCACCACUUUGCCAGCGGCCUCGGGGAGGUUCAAGAGGAGGACGGCUUCCCCCCCAAAUUCCCCCCAGCACAGCCCUGCCAUGAGAGAAACUGGGAAGACUGAGGCUGGGGCCUCUUUUGGCCUCAAAGUGCCAAAGCUGGAAAGCCAUUGCAGCUCCCCUGCUUGGAGUCUGUCAAGCAGAGAUGAGAGGGACACCCUGAGUCCGCAAGGCGUAGACGCUUUCAAAACCUCUCCUGUUGACUGGUCAGCUGGACGAAGUGGGGGCAGUUCCUGCAACCAGCAGCCUUUGGACCUUUCCAGCGGAGUGAACAAACGAAGUGAGGGUUCAAACAAGGGGGCAGGGGAAGCCGUGCUGGAUCUGAGCAUGCACAGGAAGCCUUCACCGGAGCCUGAAGUAAAAGGAGGUGCGGCGCAGUCCCUGGUGAAGAAGAAAAAGCCCAACACCAGCAUGCUGGAGAAAGUGUUGAUGAAUGAAUACGGAGGCCUGGAAGUAGCAGUGGAGGAAAACCCCGGUGUGCUGGGCAGCGCCAGUGCCCUUUCGGCUAACGACCCCUCCCUGGCUGCCUCCCCUGCCGCUCCCUCCCCUGUUUCUGAAGCACCGUCGCCUGGGUCUGUAGUACCUACCGCUCUUCACCCAUCGCCACCCUCGCUGACCCCCGUUACCAUGAAUCCCCCGUCCCCUUCCACAUCUACUUUAGCCUCACCCACGCCUCCUCCCCCGGUGCUACCAACCGCCCCCUCUCCCCUCCCAGCUCCUACUUCUCCACCACCACUGCCCCCCAGCUCCCCUACCCCGUCUUCCCUUCCAGUUCUGUCCCCUAAAAACUCUCCCAGUCCAGUGAGUUCAAGUCCCGGGAAUCCCUCACCUUCUCCGUUAGAUCCCUCUCUUGGUUUUGUAGACUCUCUGCCAGUGGUGGUGAAUCCGGACUCCGGGCCUGUAGAUCCCGAUGUUAAUCCUCCAGAACACUCUGCAACGUCAGCAGGUCCUGCACCGCCUGCAGAUGUUUCCAUAAGCCAAGUAGAAAUUGUCCCUUCCAAAGUGGAUUCCUUGAUGCCCUCUGAGGAGCUGUCGCUUACCAGUGAAGAUCCCUCUGGUACUGAAAGUGAUUCUACAGUCGAUCUUCCCAAUGAUCUCCCUAGCAUCACAGAAACUGAAUCCCCUUCUCCAUCACUGCACUUACAGCACUCUGUGGGUUUAGAACCAUCCCCAGCAACAGUUGAACAGAACCCUAUGGAAUCUUCAGUGGGUGAGGCUGCAGUACCAGAACAAAAUGUAGAGCCGGAGGAGCAUAAGCUCGCAUUGUCCCCCCUUGCUCCUCCACCCUUGGACCCACCUGUUCUUGUAGCUUCUGUUCCAAACCCACCCCUUUCUGCGAGUUCCCCACAUCCCGUGCCACCAGAGAGUCCACCUCCUCUAGCUUUGCCUCCUUCUCCCUUUUCUUUUGCCAUCAAAGAAGAAACCCUGGAGGAAGACAAGCCUCUGGAGGCAUCUGCCAUCCCUGCUGCUGAUCUCUCUUCUUCUCCUCCUCCUCCUCCUCCUCCUGGUGCUGGUGAUCUACAGACGUCCUCUGAUCAGGAGGAGCCUCAACAGGAGACUUUCUGCAAGAACUUUGUGUGUAACGUGUGCGACGAGCCCUUUCCCUCCAUAAAGGAGCUGAGUCGCCAUAUUGUGGGGCACGCAGAGGAGUGGCCGUUCAAGUGCGAGUUCUGUGUCCAGCUCUUCAGGGAUGCAGAGGCUCUGCUGGAGCACCGUUCCACCCUGCAUGGUGUGGGCAGGAUCUAUGUGUGUUCCACAUGCGCCAAGGAGUUUGCCUUUCUUUGCAACCUGAAGCAGCACCAGAAGGACCUCCAUCCUGGUCAAGACUGCAUGCACACAGAAGUGGAGAACGGCAAGCUGAGGCCGCAAAACUACACGGACCCAGCCCGGGCCAGUCUGGAGCCAUCCCCCUCCACCACUGCCACUGAGACCUCUGCUGAAGGCAGCACCCUGUCUUCGCAAGAUAACCCUGAGGCUCUGAAAGCAGAAGAGCUGGAAGAGGAAGAGGAGGAUGAUCUUGAUGACUCCACCGAAGAGCUCUACACUACAAUAAAGAUCAUGGCUUCUGGAGGGGGCAAACCCAAAGGCCCAGAUGUGCGUCUGGGCAUCAACCAACACUACCCAAGCUUCAAGCCACCCCCGUUCCCCUACCACAACCGUACACCUGCUGGCUCAGUGGCCUCCGCCACCAACUUCACCACUCACAACAUCCCUCAGACCUUCAGCACGGCCAUCCGUUGCACAAAGUGCGGCAAAAGCUUUGACAACAUGCCCGAGCUGCACAAGCACAUCCUGGCCUGCGCGAAUGCCAGUGACAAGAAACGCUACACCCCCAAGAAGAACCCCAUCCCCCUCAAGCAGAUUGUGAAGCCCCAGAACGGAGUGUUGUCGGCAGUGAUGGGGACCAACGCCUCUGGGCAGAAUGCCUUCCGGAGGAUGGGCCAACCCAAGAGGCUCAACUUCAGCCAGGAGCCGUCUGCCAAGAUGAAGCUGAACGCUCUGAACAAGAAGAAGAACCAGCUCGUCCAGAAGGCCAUCUCCCAGAAAAACAAGAUAGCCGCCAGCGCGAAGAAGGCCUCGAGCCUGGGCCAGGAAGAGCAGGAGAUGCACAUCUGCCCUCACUGCAACCGGGAGUUCACCUACCUGGGCAGCCUCAACAAACACGUGGCGGUCAGCUGCCCUAGGAAGCCCCCUUCCAAGAAGGUCAAGAAAGGCAGCAGUGGCGGCCUCUCCUCCCAGGACAAGAAUGGGAACCUUCGCCGGCGGACGGCGGACUCCGAAAUCAAGCAGCAGGGCUCGCAGGCAAAGCUGGGGAAGACCAGGGCCCGCACUUCUGGGCCUACGGCACCUGCCGCCGUGCCCUCCAAGCCGCCGCCCGGCAAAGUCAAGGCGGCCCCCGCCCAGGCCCAGGCCCAGGCCCAGGCCCAGGCCCGGCCCAAGAGGCCUGCCCCCUUCCCGGCCGCUUCCGUCACCUACGCCAAGAAGAGCAGGCCGGCGCUCAAGGGGAGUCCCCAGCAGCAGCAGCAGCCGCCGCCGCCGCAGCAGCCGCCCGCGCCCCCGCCCGCGCCCUCCACGCACCCCGCGCCGCGCCCGGCCGUGAGGAUGCAGCGCGGGGGAAAGGAGCUGCCGCCCAAGAAGGUGCCGGAAGCCAAGCUCCCGCUGCCGCCCCAGCCGCCCCAGCCGCCGCCGCCGCCGCCCAAGAAGGAGGAGCGCUUCUCUGUGAAGACGCGGGAGAGAGUCGGCGGGCCGGUCACCCGCAGUUUACAGCUGGUCAGCAGCACUGCUCAAGCCGAAGGCAAGACUGAUGAGCUGUCCAGCCUGGAGUCCAGGGAGCCGCAGGAACACGUGUUAAAGUUGGUGAAGUAGAGCAGCAGGUGCUUGCCUGGCGAGGGAGGUGGGGUGUCGGCGAGGAGACGGGCGCACGGCUCUGGGCAGAGGGGGCGGGAGACCAGCCCAGGCCUCUGCAGCUCGGCUCUCCUUCCGCAAAGCUCUUCGGGAGCUGCCGGCCACAGGACUUCCACAGGGACAGGUGGGCCACUACAGACGGACGCAAGGGGCCGUAUCUGCGAGUCUGUGGUGUCCCGGCGAGGCGAGGAAGAGCGAGGAACCUGAAAGAAAGCUUUGGCUCGUCAGACUGGCCGGAGCUUUCCCACAAUGCACCACCAGGGGGACACUUCCUGUGGUCGGAUGUUUGCAUUGCAAAAAAAAAAUAAUUUAUAGAAAUGUAUAUGUAUAAAUACACAGUUUGCAUUAACCGACCCACUGGACUGGAAGUCGGGUCACAAAAGUUUUAAUCAUUGACACGCUGCACAUGGCAAUCAGCUUUCAGUUGUACACAAAGCCGGCCUGUCCUGCCGUUUGUGUUUCACAGAUUAUUUUGUUUCCUGUUUCGGUUUGUGUCGAAUCUUGAGGCUCCAACUCUUGCUAAAUGCAUGUGGUAAGUAAAUGAGUAGACUGAACCCUUUUCGGUGUCUGUGUAACACACAUUAGGUCCUGCGGUAUGUUAAUAAUAAAUGCUUUAAAAUAUGAUUUAAUACUCCAGAGGGAACGAUGAACGUCAUCCCGAAUCGUGUUAAGGAUUGUUUUUUAUGUUUAGGGUUAAGGGCGAACCCUCCUCAUAACUCCCAUGGUAGACCCCUGGGGUUUGGGACACGUGUUGGAGGUGUGGUAGCAGGAACAGAGCCAUGUGUGGGAAUAAACUGAAGAACCGCUGUCCUCCAUCACUGCCAGUUAGCCUGCCCUUGACUGAGGUUGGUCGGUAUCCCCAAAGUCCCCCCCUUUCCGUACUUGUUCAGUAGGCUGUUUGUGACCGUGUCGUUUCUGGCUGGACUGGUCAGUCAGGUCAGAAACGCCCCGUCCACUUGCCUUUGAGACCCCUGUUCAAGCAGCUGCUUCUCGCCAACGGCUGGCGGUCCACAAGACCCCCUUUCACUGCGUGUUUUUCACAUGCCUGGGAGCUACUGAACGUCUCGGGAAAACGGGCAGGAUGUGGACACCAGGGUGGUCUGUAAAUUGCAAAAAAACAUUUUAGCAGGCUGCUGCUGUUCCGGGUAAGUGAAGGGCUUUCUAAGUUGCCAAAUCAGCAGUAGUCCAGUAUUUUGCAGCUGAUGGGUUUUGAUUUCAUUUGUUUAAGGGUGUGAAAACGAAUCAACAUUUCCACCCCUCCCCACCUCAGGGUUCUCCUCUGUGGUCACACUAGCAGUUUCACUUUUGGCAGGUUAGCAGCCAGCGCCAGAUGACAGUGACAGUGCCAGAUCAGGGCAUCGUUAGUGAUUCCGAAGAACUGAAAUCGACUGGUUUGGAGCCAUUUCUUCUGCGUUACUCUUGCCCAUCUGCGCCAUUCACGACCACUUGUCAUUUGAAAAGGGGUUUAAAAACCUUUUUCCCCAGACAUUUGCAUUUGUCCCGUGACCAUGUGUAUAUCUUUGCCUAGAUAGCUUACGCAGUGCAUGGGUUUUGUUUUGUCUUGUUUGGUGCAGCAUGAUCUGAUCCUUGGUUGUUAUGUCCUGGAUAAAAAGUAAAUGAUUAUAUAACUGUUGCAAUGAGCCUGACUGGUCAGUAUCUGGGGCCUUUGUCCAGUCCCUUGUUUUUCCUGAAAACGGUUAGAUCCUUUUUUUUAAUAUUGUUUGAUCCCUGUUCUGUCUAAUGGGCGUUUUACGGAUCCGAUGAGAAGCAGGUCCUGUAGUCGAGCCUGCAGUCUUUCAAGCUCGUCUUUCUCAGAUGCAAAAGCACCUGUGCUGUCAUGGGGACAGAAGUCUAAUAGUUUGUCACUUAGUGUCUGUUAUUCUUCUAUGAACACAACGAUGUGGCCUCCUUCAGUUGGCUGUAUCCUCAAGCCUGCAGUUGUCAUUGGAUUGCUUCCAGCAAAGCUAAGCAUGAGAUUCACAACAUUUCUUUUAAAGCUGAAAUCUGUACUGCGUCAUUUGCCUCUUACUGGUUUCUUGGAAGUUGAGAUUCUGGGUGGAAUUUAAGGAGAUGGGAAUAUUGGCGUCAUUUCCAUUGGCAGCCAGCAAGUCGGGUGUGUCUCAGCGGCUCCCUGCCUUGACUCCCGAGCCGUCUGUGUUUGCUGCAGUGCAGUUUCUGUGACCUGGCGGUGCCGAUCAGGGAUCUGUGUGAGCGCUUGUGGCACUUUUUUGCACUUUUUUUUUAUUGUGUUUUUGACCAGGAGAAAGUGCGUCGGGUGACACCACUCCCAAGGUUGAGUAGCAGAGCCUUUCCUUGUUUCAUUUCUGUGCAGCCGCAGGGAGAGGUGAGAAGUGGAAGGCCUCGUGGAAUACUCUGCAAUUGCAGAAGAAUAAAACAAAAUUCCCCAAGGAGAGAACAUUGAGCUGAAUUGUGCUGUAUAGAAACUCUUAAUGAACAGUUCCGUUAAUAAAAGACGGACUCUCAAUUGAGCUAAAGGAACAUACUGCAGUGAUCUAAUGCAAUAGGCAUCCGAGAUCUGAAGAGCGAGCACUUAAUAUUAGUUGCACUGCGCCGAUGCAGCUGAAGUGAUGGAGGGCGGCUCGGGAUCUCUUCAGAGGGGUAUUUAUUAUUUGGAAGGGUUUGCAUCAUGAGAAAAGGGUAAAGCAAUUUUUUUUUAGAAAAACAACAUCCUUUUUGUUCCCAACACAGAAGAAUCUACCUCUAUGAAACGUUUCGGUUGGCGGAGUUUUCUUUGCGUUCUGCUGUAGUGAAAUCUGUCGCUUGGUCACUGUUUCUAUACUGUAUCAUUCCUGUUUUGUUACAGAACUGUAAGGAGGGUGAGGGGGGGGCAUGUUAAGUGGGAAGAGAGGAGUAAUGUAUAAAGUUCUUGUAGCCUGUGUAAGAGUAAUAAAAUAAUUCAAAUAUAUAUUUAAAAAUAAUUUAAAUUAUGUUUCUCUUUGGAUAUUUUCUGUUGUAUAUGAUUUACGUUGCUGCAUUAAUUCUUUCCUGAUUUUUUUUUGUUUUUCUUUUUCCCCCUCUUCCGGGGGUUUGUGAAAUGGAGAAUGUUGUUUCAAAUGUUUGCCGAUUAACACAGAAAAGGAAACAAAAAAAAAAAUCCCUAUUGUUAAAUGCUGACGUAAUACAGAUUGUUCUAAUUGAAAUAUUAAAGACUUUUUCAAUUUGA